CCCCCAUCUACGGUCUCAUCGGUCUAGGCGGCAUGGGACGGAUGUAUCUGACGGCUUUGCGCGCUGCCCUGCCCUUUGACCAUCCCAUUCUCGUUUGCGAAGCGCCGGACAAGUAUCACGCCUUGGUGCGCGAGUUUGCUGGCACCAGCGUCGUGCCGUUUCCGCAACUAGAAGACAUGGCUCCCAUCUGCGAUUUCAUCCUCAUCUCUGUGCCCACGCACCUCACAAGUACCAUCGUCAAGCAAGUUGCGCCUCACCUCAAGCAUGCGGCGACCAUCUGUGGCCAGACCUCUGUGAAAGGCCCAGAGAUUGCCGCUUUUGAGGGACAUGUGCACAGCACUGCCGAUGGAGGCGCAGGCAGGACCGAUGUAGGCCUCGUCUCGUGCCAUUCCAUGCACGGCCCAGCGCUUGACCCUCGCGGUCAAAGCAUCGUGCUCAUCCGCCAUCGCGCCACCGACCUGCAAUUCUCCAAUUUGGAAUUCAUCGCAGCUGCUCUGGGCUCCAGAGUAUCUUGCAUGGACUACACCAGCCACGACAGGACGGUGGCGAAUACGCAGGUAUUGACGCAUACGAUUCUGCUCAGCAUGGGCACCGCAUGGCGUCGCGCCCACGUCUUGCCAUGGGAAUGCGAACGGUACGAGGGUGGCAUCGAGAACGCCAAGGCGAACUUGACGGCGAGGAUAUUGGGCAACGAUGCAAAGCUGUACGCCGAUUUGGCGUUCGGCAACGAUCAAGCAUUCGCGUUGGUGCACGAGUACAGCGUCAGCGUCGAUCAGAUCUCGCAGCUCCUUCGCAAUGGCCAACGUGCAGAGCUGUUCGACCGCAUGGUAGCAGCUCGCGCCAACUUGUUCCGCAGCCCUUCCGAUACGCUAGAGCUGCUGUUCGAUGAGGAUCUGGACGCAAUGCUUCAGCCAUUUUGCGUUAGCAGAAACGAAAAGGAGGAUGUAGCCGAGAACUCUCAGCUCUCGCUCCUGGCCCUUGCAGACGUGUGGGCGCGCCUAGACAUCGACCCUCACGCUGAUCACGUGGCGGCAGCUACGCCGCUGUCCAUGUUGCUCCUCGGCCUCGUAGAGGUCCAUCUGGCGACGCCCGACGUGAUGCGCCGCAAUGUCGACGCCGCCAUCGCCUCGCACCAAGCUGCCAGCAUCCUGCACGACGACACCAGCUUCGCGCUCGCGACGCGGCGCUGGGCGCACUGCAUCGCUAAGAAGGACCGCGAGCUCUAUAUCAACAACUUCCAGUACUGCGCGAGGUUCUUCUCCUCGCGACUAGACUCUCUACGCACGGUCGGCGAUCAGAUGUUGAAGCGAGCAGUACCCAAAGCAGUCAAGCGUCCAGCGCACAGAUUCCUGCCCUCGCGAUCGCUCGAGUCGACCCUAGCAAAGUGAUGUGUUGCGUAUCAUGGGGCCUGGCCAAGGAUCGCUCUUGUCGCGGCACGCGCACAACCUCACGC